AUGGCGAAAAACAGCCUAAGCUCACUUCUCGACGAGGUUAUUCACAAACAAAGACAUGGUAGAAAUCACCUCUACUUGGGACAGAAAGAUCAAUUUGAUAAAAUUCCACGUGAAUAUGUUAAAGGAUUUAUACGAGACACUGAAAAUAGAUUUGAUACUCAUUAUUUAACUUACGAACCAGUUUUGGGAAAAUUUCACUAUGGAAAUUCAGAAAUGGAUUUUAAAGGAAAUGAUAUUUUUAUAAAGGACAAAAAUAAAAAGGUAGAAGAUAGAAUAUAUAAGGGUACUUAUGGUUUAUAUGAAUUCUUGUUUAAAAAUAAACCAAACGAAAGUUUAAUGACUCCAGAAGAUUUAAAUAAUUAUAGAAAUAUUAUAUUGAGCACAAAUGCACAAAAAAGAAAUUUUGAUGCAAAUGCACAAAAAGCAGGAAAUAGAGUGCCACAAACAAAACAACGACAGCAACGUCUUGGGAAAGAAUUACAAAUGCAAUACACAAAUAAAUUAAAAGAAUAUGUUUAUUGGGAUGACUGUAAUAAGUUAGUUGAACGAUUAAGAUUAAUAAUUAGUUCCCAAUAUGCAGGGAAUAAUAGUCAUGCGAAUGAAAUAAAAAGCAUAAUUGAAGAGUUAAAAGAAGAAUAG